AUGCGCGAGGUGAUGCACAUUGACCCGCAGUGGCUCGUGGAGCUGGCCCCCCGCUUCUUCAAGCCCGCGGACGCCCACCGCCUCAGCCGCCGCAAGCGCUGGGAGCGCAUCGAGCCGCUCUACGACAAAUACAACGACCCUGUGGCCUGGAGGCUCUCGAAGCGCAAGGGAUGA